AUGUCGUCAAGCGAGGAUGUGCUCGAAGGUUUCGCGUCUCUUCCUACGGGACCAGUGCCAUACAAAGCAUUUUUAAGCGACCUCUCGGAAACGAGUCCAGCUUUACGGACUUUUCAGUCAUUGUCGUUGGGGCCAGAACCGAGUCUUGACAGGUCCAUUGCAAUAUCGAAAUUUUCUCUUUUGUUGAGCACUCUGAGAGUCCCUGGCCCUUGCGAUUUGCUCCAUGGGAAUUCGCCUCUCGGCUCUGGGGCCCAAUUCGCCGUAGUAAAGCAAGAAGUCAACGGACUCGCCGACUCGAAAACCCCGGCCGCAGCUUUGAAUAACAGUGUAGAAAUCGCUGCCAUCAAAACACCAAAAUUUAUUCUUGAUGGCCAAACAAAGCUGGAUAUCUCAAGCCCUGAAGUGAGCCGGCAAGUCCGCAAUAUGAUAAUCGAGAUCACCGCACUCUGUCAUCCAAGACUACGGGCCCACCGAAACAUUGUUGACCUCCUAGGAUGGGGCACGAAUGCUGAGACUUGGCAUGAAGUUCCUUUCCUGGCGUUGGAAUUGGCGAACAAUACACUAGCUGCCUUUCUUCGCGAGUCAAGAUCUUACCCCGUCGCGCUCAGGCAUCACAUAUCCCUUGAUAUUGGUUGCGGACUGGAUGCUGUGCACGAGAUAGAGCUCAUUCAUGGAGAUCUUAAACCCGAGAACGUGCUAAUGUUCUACAAAGCUGGGUGCUGGGUGGCUAAACUUGCUGACUUUGGUGGUGGUGCCGAUGCAGGUCAAGAUGGUAUCUUUGAAGGUAGAGGAACCGUCGGUUGGAGAGCUCCUGAGUUCCAGCAGUUUUCCGACCAUGGAAAACCCCUUGACCGAUCCCUUCUAGACAGAAUUGAUAGUUAUUCUUAUGGUUUGAUGCUUUGGAGCUUGUUCCUAAGAGAGAGUGGUUCGCCUCCUUGUACUGAAAGUGUCGAUGCGGAGAUCGUUGCGCUUUCAGAAUUAGAGAGUGACCCUUCAUUUUUGCCUGUGUCCCUACACUUGGCACUAAAGACAUCGUUCUCUUUGUUGCUGAAGCAGAGCCCACGAACAAGGGCCGGAAGAGUGGGGCAUUUGCUGGACGAUGGUAGCCGGGUAUACUCUGAGUGGGUGGGACUCCAAGGUUCCAGGAGUGGCGCCUCUUUCCCGGAUGAUGUGGCUGAUGACUUGACUGAAGGGUAUGAUAUUCGGUAUGACUGGGAGGUUCCGGAGAUCAGCAUGCACAAUGCGAAAGCCAUCCGAUCAGCGUUUUCAAGAAAUGCGCCUCUGAGCGCAGAGAUACUAUGUGCUCUAUUUAUGAAGUAUACGGGGCCCGAGCGUCGCUUUCAUCAGGAGGACGGCCAGAUCAGGGAUCUUAUACUCGACCUCCUCUACGCUGGUGCCCAAAAAGGUAGCCAGCCUUUACGAGCACUAAUUUAUGUUGUCCAUGAGCACUUCCAGAUUUUACCUAGAGCUGAUGUAACCAAGGUAAAGCUCCUUUGGAUGUCUGAGGCUGUAGCAGGUGGGGCUUUCUUUCUUCGAAACGCGCUCCAGCACUUGGACAGUAGCCUCCUAGAAACAUCCAUCCGAAGGUUCCACGAUUACGGAGGGUAUAAUCAAUUCUACGCAGCAUUGAAUCGAGAAACCAUAUCACACAUCCUUGGGCACACUUCACUAGAGAAUGUGGUGAAUCUCAAUAGACAGGCGCCACUUAAUGCACGGGGCGACAAGCUUCUGCACAUCCUGUCUUCUGUCACUGCAUCUGAAGGACUUAAAGAAAUCCUCAAGCUUAUAGAUCCGCGAGAGGUGAAUGCAUUAAACGACUGCGGGGAGACAGCUUUGUAUCGUGCAUGCAUGGCAGGAGAGACUUCAAAUGUCCUACUGUUGCUUUCCCAGGAUGCCGAUCCUUCGAUCAUACCCUCACAUCGUGGCCCGACCUGCUUGCACUGGCUAUUUCAUUUCAAUCCUCCAGACAUUGACACUAUCGCGAGAGAGCUUAUCAGUCACGGAGCCCCCAUCGACUCAAGUUCCGAGCAGAAGGUCCCAACGCUCCAUUACCCCUUCACUUUGCCUGUGGGGACUCCGCUCCAUUGGGCGGUUGAAAUGUCGGCAGCGGAAGCCACCCAAUCUCUUCUUCGCCAAGGAGCAAUUUCAUCGUUUCGUGAUGGCAGUGAUCCGUACGCUUACGACGAGAAUGUUCGGCAUCUAGAUAUGUCACUUCCUCCAGACUGGGUCCGUUAUUCAGCACCCAAAAAUACUACCCUAGGCUUCAGUGCAAUUGAUGUGGCAGUGAAGAACCGAGAUCCCGAGAUUCUAGAUAUGCUUCUUUCCAAUGAUUCCAGUGUUGAUCCAAAUGAUACCGACGAAGAAGGGUAUAGCGCCUUGCACCGCUUGGACGCAGGCGAGUGGCGAUAUACAAUCCAUGGAAGCGCUGUAUGGUGCCCAUUAUUUCAAGGGCCCACAGCAGCCCGGGCAGACUCGUUGAGAAAAACUGUGGAUGUCCUUCUCCAACAUGGCUUUCAGCUCGAUAAGUUGACGAAACCAAAAACAUCCACGACAAGCGGGCUCGGUUUUUCCGAUCAGACCGCACUCAUGGUUGCCGUGGCCAAACGGAACACCGAAACCAUCAAAACGCUCCUUGAUGCUGGAGCCGAUGUCAAUGUUGCGAGUACUGAAGGGGAGACCGCUCUGCUGUCGUUCACAGACGACUACUUGUAUGAUGAAGCACAGCAGUCCAAGGUUGUGUCGCUGCUGCUUGGCGCGAAUGCGAACCUUCACGCACGUGACAGUCGGCAUAACACGCCUUUCCUGCGAGCAGCAUCGAUUGGCCUGCUCGGAGUAGCCACAGCAUUGCUCAACCAUGGCGCCGACUUAAGAGAUCGUAAAAAGAACACAACUUCCAAUCACUAUGGAUUGACAGCUUUCGCCCUUCUAGCUAGGUGUCCCUUGCAACGACCCCCGGAGCACGACGAAUGGUUUCUAUCACAGCUGACUUUGCAUAUCUUGCCACGCCUAGCUCAGCCCGAGGGUUUAGAAAUACGCAACGAGCUCCUGGAGCAAGCGGACCUUGAUGGGGGAACACUGCUUCAUUAUACAGCAAAGGAAGGGCUCGUUCGAAGCUGCGCAAUUCUAGUUGAAGCUAAAGUUAACGUUAAUGGCCUUCGUCGACGUGAGAAGUUUAGACGUGGAGGGACAGUCAUUAGCUAUCGCACCCCAUUGGACGAGUCGCUAAAAAGUGAAACAUAUCGCCGAUCCUGGCCUUAA